GAUGUGAAACUGUCAAAAGAGGCUGGGAUACAGCAAAUUCGGCGUAAUCAGGCCACUGCGGUGAUAUUACUCGGUGUAAUGGGUGCCGAAUUUGCGGAGGAAAUGAAUAAGCUGGAAGCAUCACGAGCAACUGCUCAGUGCCUGCUAGAAUUGCUUGUUGCUCCAGCGACGCAACUUUUACCGUUUCAUUCGCCACUUCGCCGUGCUGCAAUAGACCUGCUUGGUCGGGGCUUCAGUGUUUGGCAGCCCCAUUUGGACAUCAGUAAGGUGUUGUUGGUCCUUCUAGAGCUCGCAACUACUAACGAAAAACAAUCCCAAAUCGCGAAUCCUGAGAAGCUAAAAGUUCGAGAACAUCGCCUUUGCCGCUGCGCGCAGCCAUAA